AUGGAAAAGACAGGAGGAAGACGCAUCUACAACAUCAACCCUAGGGCAAAAUAUUUGUCCCAGGAAAUCGACCCCACUAUCUUUCAACAGAACACUGAGGGCAAACACUCCAAGAACAAGGGACUCCAUCAGAACCUCCGUGUCUGGAUGAAGAUCAUCCUAGGAACCAUUCAACAUCGCCCUACAUCAAACUCUUCUGACUAUAUCAACACAGAUCAGAAGUGCAUUCUAUACUACAUCCACAAGGGGCUGAAACUGUGUCUGCCAGCAUUGCUCUUCAAGUAUCUCAAAGACUCUAUCAAAGAUACCAGAAACAACAUGAAGACCAGAAACUACAUCCCUCUGGAGGAUGUCACUAUUGACAUUGGGAGACCUCUGAAUGCUCGGAAUCUGAAGAGCAUGGGGAGAAACUUCUGGGUCAAGACCUCUGCCUUCAAACUGAAAGGCCUCUCUGAACAAGUCCGCUACGACUUCAUCAAAGAUGUUGGUAUAAGGCUCCAAGCUCGCUUGGCCAGAGAGGAUGAGGAAAAUGUCAAGAAAGAAGCAGAAGAGCAAGCUCGUACAGAAGAAGAGCAAAGGAUCAGAGAAGCUGAAGAAAAAGUUGUUGCUGUUGCGGCUGCUGCUGAGGCUGGGGCAAAAGCAUUAGCCGACGUUGAAGAAGCAGCACAUAUUGCUGUAAAGGAAGCUGCCAAGGCAAGGGCUGAUGCUUUAACUUAG